AUGACUACAGGGAAAUUAGACGAGUAUUCGACACCGAAGACGUUUCUGGAAAAAAUUUUCGACGUGCUCUUGUGUAGAGGUGACUUAUCAACGGAGGACGUCGAGCAAGAGCCUGUGUCAGUAACCGACUUGUUUCGAUACGCCUCCACAAGGGAUCGAUACUAUGUAGCUGCUGGUUUCAUUCUGGCCGUCAUAGUUGGAGCAGUUUUGCCGUUGAACUGUGUACUUGGAGGACUUUAUACAAAUAUAUACCUGCAAAACAACGAUCAUGUCGGCAACGACUCCUUGUGGACGCAAGCGUUUCAUCUUUGUGCUGCUUAUCUAGGCGGUGGUGUGUUGCUCUUCAUCUUGUGUUACUUCCAGAAUUAUUUUCUCUCUCUGGCUAGCCACAAUAUAGUUGGGCGCAUACGGAAGGAGUUCGUAAAGGCAGUGUUAGCACAGAAUGCGGCAUGGUUUGACGAAAACAACGCAGGAGCGAUUACCACGAAGCUGAACGAGUGCGUGAAAAAGACCUUGAUUCAUGAGCUUUACACAGAGCAGAUUCUACUAUAA